AUGCACCAGUGGUACAACGAACCUGAAAUCUUACCAGCAAUUGGCUUGUCUGACCACCUGUCCGUUCUUGCUACUCCUGCUGUUCAACCUAAACAACCCAAUAAUAUUAUUAAGAAAACUGUACGUAAAACAAAACCGUCUAGCAUAACAUCACUUGGAAAAUUCGUCAAGUCAUUGGACUGGAGUCACCUCUACCGCUUACCUUCUUGCCAAGAUAAAUGCGACCUUUUCUACAACCUACUUAUGUUAGGACUAGAUACCUUCCUGCCAAAGAAAAAGGUUGAAGUUCAUUGUAGGGAUAAACCAUGGAUCACUCCGGAUUUAAAAAAGCUUAUAUCAGACAGACAACAUGCAUUAGCUGCAGGAAAUCGUAAUUUGUAUAAUCAACGUAGAAAUGAUGUCCGCACAGCAAUAAAACGAGCAAAACCUUCCUAUUUUCAAACUCAUGUUAAACAUCUUAAAACCGCUGAUCCAUCGAAAUGGUGGAAAGCCGUAAAAAAUCUGGCAGGCUACACUUCAGAUAAGUCCUUUCAUUCUGUGAUCAAUGACAACCGAAUAUUAGAAGGUAAAAACCUAGCAAACGCUAUCAAUGAAUCAUUUGUUGCUGUUAACAAGUCUAUGCCCCCUCUUUCCGAAUUCGAUAAACAAUUCCUUAUAGCGCCUUGCGAAUACCACAUCCCAGUCGAACUAAUUGAACGUCGCUUAGAAAAAGUUAAAAUAUCAAAAGCGCCAGGCCCUGAUAGUAUACCUAAUUGGCUACUAAAAGAAUUCUCGGCUGAACUUGCUACACCAGUGGCAUCUAUCUUUAAUGCCUCCAUUGCCCAAGCUCAAGUACCUUCACAAUGGAAAGCGGCUGACAUUAUCCCUAUUCCAAAGACCCACCCAGUACAGGAUAUUAACAAUGACCUCAGACCAAUAUCUCUCACCGCUACGUUAUCUAAAGUUUUAGAGUCAUUUAAUGCAGAAUGGAUCCGUGAUAGCAUCUGCCAGAAACUCGAUCCAAAACAGUUCGGAGCAAUUCCCGGCUCCUCUUCAGUUGAUGCCUUAAUUAGCUUACUCCACUCCCUAUACGCUGACUCAGAUGGAAAUGGUAAAACUGCGUUUAUUCCUACUGGACUUCAGCAAGGCUUUCGAUCGGAUUAA